UCUGGCAGGAGACAUUGAAGUAGUUUGUCCUUUUCAUAAGUUUCUUUCAGUUUUUCAAUCAACCGCUGGAAAAUUUGCUGCAUUCGCUGCAUUUUGAAAUCGAUUAUAAUAUUAUUUUUAUUUUGUGGGUAGGUUUCUACGGUGCAAUCUUCAUUGUCAUUGGCUGUAAAACCUAAUAUAUAUUGGCCUAUUGGAUCCUAUCGCGUCGUUGUUUAUUACUAUUCGGAUCCAUCGUACCAACCUUCAUAAAUCCAGGAAUUAUUAACAAAGAAGCUUUCAGGGCAGUUUGGAGUUUAGGGAAACACAACUGGAGAUACGUGGAACGCGAAACAUUUGGAAAGAUGAAAAAUCGUCCCAUUUCAAACAGAACCAUGGUUACAGAGUGGGAAGAUAAUGUCCUCUUUGAUGCCGAUGAUCCUGAUUUCUGUGGUAUAUCUCCGAGCAUUGGAAACGUUUUCAAUACAAGUACUGCGACGGUAACCGCAGCAUCUAUUGUGGUACCACCGCCUGUGUUUAAGACUGCAGCCACCACAAAUGGAAGUUUAAAUGCAUUGAACGUGAAAGUUCCAACAACAAUGUCUUUAGCCAGUGUACAUGGUCCACAAUUCACGGAUAUCUGCAGCCCCCUAGGUCGCAGCAGUAUCAGCAUGUCUUCGUCGUUAUCGGAUUUAGUCGGUAGUCCUUUAGAAAUUUCCGUAGACAACGUACUCACUAUUGAGGAGUUGCGUCAGCAAAUGGGGUCCUGUUUUACAUGUGGUGUGUCCUGGACGGAUGACCAUGUUUCCCUUGACUGUAGUGAAUGUGGGGGCUAUAGCUUAGAGCGUCCCUGCCCGCUAUGUGAUGGCCAGUGUGACGUCCAAUGGAAGCGUGAUUUCACCAUGUCGCAUGCGUGUGGCAAAGCUCGCUGGCAUGGUGUGUGUCCCAGCUACCAGGAGGUGAUGACACAUUUAAAUCCUCUCGAAGCUGCUGCCACCGCUACUUCCUCUGCUGCUCCAUCAACGUGCGCCAAUGCCGCUACACAUUUGCGAUUGGCACAGGAACUAUGUCUGCGUUUGGAACAACUUUCGGCAAGUGCUCACACGUGAUUGCUUUUCAUUUCGACAAUUAGACGCGAAUAAGCGAGUGCAGCAGUGGCCUGAAAGUUCCUCAAUUGAAUCCAUUGAAAACCAAUAUUAAAUUUAAACUGAACCAACUCAACUCAAUCUUCUUACAUGCAUCAAUACUUGCAUCCACAUCUACGUCGUAGAUAAUUUACAUAAUAUGUUAUCUUAAAUUAAAAAAAAUUCUUUAUAACUAUUUUCAUUACUCUUAAGCCUCUAUAGAUAGUUCAGUAGUGAUUCUCUAGACAAUUCUAGCUCUGUAAUUGCACUUCAGUAAUGCUAACUAUGAAUUAAGGAGAUUUUGAUUCAAUUCCCGCAUUAUAGAAACUAC